AGAAUUGAUCAACAAAUGAAUCAGCCGCCAUCACUCAGUAGAGACCCUCAACUCGACGUCUGUCUGCCCUCCUGCGAAAGCCAUGGUCUACGUUUAAAGCAGUGUGGCUGGCACUGGGGGCCAGGUGGGUCAAAUGUCUUGCCCAAGGACACAACGGCAGUGACUAGGAUGGGAGAAGCGGGAAUCGAACCCGGAACCCUCAAGCUCCACCAACCGAGCCCUGAAGAAAAAAAAGACGCUCCAGGAGAGCGACAUGACGACCAGGCGGAGGACGAGGAUGGACACGCCCACGAGUACAACACAGCAGAGUCCACACACCAGUGUCGCACCCUGUACACCGCCAAAUGUAUGUCUGCACGUACCUGUCCAAGCCACCACGCUCGUGACGACAGCUGGGAGGAGAUCCAAAGCAUAAGAACCAUCAGAGCGGAGAACGAAGUGGAAGCCAACAAGCUGGUCAACAACUACAGGUUUGGCUUCAGAAAAUGGAAGAGCCACGUGACGGAGCGUCCUUUUAAAGACCGGUCAGAGGUCGUGAAGGAGCUUUACUCGGAGCUAAACGUGGUCAAGCCUCUCACUGGUCCAGGUGAUCUCAUCACUUGUGGAAAUGUAGUGUAUGUUGUUCUUUUUGGUUGGUGGGUGUCCCUGGCGUACCUCCUGGUGGGCCUACUCAUGUUCCUCACCGUCAUCGGUGCACCCUAUGGAAAGCUGUGCUGGAAGUUGUCCUGCUACUUUCUAUGGCCGUUUGGCAAGCUGGUUCACGAGAUGGGAAAUGCCUUCCGGAGAUGUUGUGAGCAAAUGCCUGACUGUGAGUGCACCGGGGAGUGGGUGGAGGACAACUCGCCGGUUCUGCUGCCUUCACCGGCGGAGAGUCCAGAUCCGGAGGCCUCGGAGCAACCAGCGCACUCGUACUACUGGUGCCGGUUCUCCACGUAUGUGUGGCUGCUGCUGGGAUACCCUCCUCUGGUGGUCAUCCAUUCACUGGUCUGCCUCUUGUCCUGGGUUCUGGUCUUCACCAUCCCUGUAGCCAAGAUGAACGCACGCACUCUGGGCAUCAUCCUGCUCUUGCCUCCUGAGGAAGUGUCUGUGUGCACCAGCUCACAGCGGAAGCAUCAAGGCUACAAGGGCAGGACACUGCUGUGCUGUUACCAUGCAGCAAACUGGUACUACUACAAGUAUACUGUGGAUGGCAUCAAUGUAUUUGCUGUCAAUCUCCUCCCUCUUGUGAUAUUCGCCCUGAUAAUCGGCUACAUUGACAGGGAAAACCGGUACGCCAGCUCCCAGGUGAAGUUCGCCGUAGCGCUAGGUUCCAUCAUACCGCUGUCGUACUACAUCGGCAUGGGCAUCGCCAGCAUCUCGGCCCAGAGUAACUUUGCCGUGGGCGCAGUCGUCAACGCCACGUUUGGCUCCAUCACCGAGUUGACCUUUUACAUCACGGCUCUCGUCAGGGGUCACCGCAAAGCCAACCCGUGCCUGCAGGAGGUGGUGAAGGCGGCGCUGACUGGCACGUUGCUCGGGUGCAUCCUCUUCAUCCCGGGCAUCUGCAUGAUCAUCGGAGGACUGAGGCAUCGAGAGCAGCGGUUUAACAGUCGCUGCACAGGCGUGAGCUCCGCCCUGCUCUUCAUCUCUGUAGGAGGCGUGUUCGCCCCCACGCUGUUCUCCAAGGCGUACGGCAACCUGGUGUGUGAGGCGUGCACGUCCGGGAGCAACAGCAGCGGCCCGCUGGUUUGCCACAACUGUCACUACGAUGUGAGCAAUGGCACGCUGUUCCACAACCAUGUGGAGCCUCUGGUCUACUCCGUGUCGGUCCUCCUGCCCGUGGCCUACAUCAUCGGCCUCAUCUUCACCCUGAAGACACACUCCCACAUUUAUGACAUCCAUGUACCGGGACAAGGUAGCGGCCAUGACGGCGCGGUGGUCCACUGGUCCCGCUGGAGGUCCCUGCUCAUCCUCAUCAUGGCCACCGCGCUCACGUCCGCCUGCACUGACCUGGCCACCGAGCACAUCCAGCCCAUUCUCAACCAGCCCAACGUCUCCCAGUACUUCAUCGGGGUCACGCUCCUCGCCAUGGUCCCCGAGAUCCCUGAGAUCGUCAACGGGAUACAGUUUGCACUUCAUAACAACAUCAGCCUCAGCUUGGAGGUGGGGAGUUGCAUCGCCGUGCAGGUCUGCAUGCUCCAGAUUCCCAUCCUGGUCUUGUUUAAUACCUUCUAUGAUGUGGGCUUCGUGCUCCUGUUCUCUGACCUCCAUCUGUGGACCAGUAUCUUCAGCGUGAUUCUGGUCAACUACAUCUUCAUGGAUGGCAAGUCAGACUAUUUCCAAGGAACAGCUCUGGUGAUCGUCUAUCUCAUCCUACUGGCUCUCUAUUACUUUGCUCCAUCUCCAGCAGGCUGCUGACUGGGGGACUUUUAAAGCAACAGUACGUAAUAACGGGGCCUUCCUUACAUUAGGCGGGGAGGUUGGGGUUAGCGGCAUAUUCUCAAAGGCCAUAGUGACACUCCAGAUCCCCCUUCUUUCAUGGUGGACCAGCCAGGACACCACUUACAGUAUGUCGUGUUUACACUAGCGCACUUUCCCCAUGUGUGUUAGUGUUCAAAGAUUGCCACACCAAAAUGAUGAGCCAUUUAAACCUUCUUUUUUUUGGACUGUUUUGCACAUUUUGAUAGUGUGGCUUUAAAGUAUAUUUCACUCUCGUGACCCCAAAUUUGCACAAUUACUAAGCAAAUAACCUAUUUGAGUUUCAGCUAGGGAUGUCCGAUAAUGGCUUUUUGCCGAUAUUGUCCAACUCUUUAAUUACCGAUAUCAACCGAUACUGAUAUAUACAGUCGUGGAAUUAACACAUUAUUAUGCCUAAUUUGGACAACCAGGUAUGGUCCUUUUUAAAAAAUAAAAUAAGAUAAAUAAAUUCAAAACAUUUUCUUGAAUAAAAAAGAAAGUACAACAAUAUAAAAACAGUUACAUAGAAAGUAGUAAUUAAUGAAAAUGAGUAAAACUAACUGUCACACAAUCAUGUGUGCUUACGGACUGUAUCCCUUGCAGACUGUAUUGAUAUAUAUUGAUAUAUAAUGUAGGAAGUAGAAUAUUAAUAACAAAGAAACAACCCUUUUGUGUGAAUGAGUGUAAAUGGGGGAGGGAGGUUUUUUGGGUUGGUGCACUAAUUGUAAGUGUAUCUUGUGUUUUUUAUGUGGAUUUAAUUUAAAAAAAAAAAAAAAAAUGAUACCGAUAAUUAAAAAAACGAUACCGAUAAUUUCCGAUAUUACAUUUUAACGCAUUUAUCGGCCGAUAAUAUCGGCAGGCCGAUAUUAUCUCUCGUUUCAGCAUAUUUAUUUUUUUAGCACUCCCAUGUUUUUAAACCUGAUUCUGGUAGGACUUUUAAUGCUCCUAUGGAAAUUUGGACUUUAAGGCGCUUCCAGAUGGUUAGUGAUACCGUCUAAUGUGUUAAUUUUGCGAAAAAUCGUAAUUUAUUAAUGCAUUUUAGUCAACAGGAAGUCAGGCGCAUGCGCACUAGCGGUGUUUGGCUUGAUAAUCAUGGCGGAUUAACUACACGGACUUUGCUCGGGAGAUUUCCCCUUGGAGUAAAUGGAGCUGUCACGCCAAAUUUCUUCCCCCUACAAAAACCGUCCCGUCCCCCCCCAUUUACUUCCGGGGCUGCGUCCAAUAAAAUCACAAAGUUACCGGGGGUCCUUAACCGGCAUGCGACUGUCCUGUUUCGCGCCUGUACAAAAAAAAAACAAUAAUCGAUUUCUUCAGAUUCCAGCAUCUGUCAAAGACGAAGUAUCCUUCCAGCGACGGGCAGUCAAAGCCGAAGUGCUAUCGAUCGCUGUCAAUGACGUAAGAGGAAACAUGACCACGGAAGUAAAUGGGGGGGGGGGGGGGGGG